AUGCAAGUGGCGGCGCGCAAGAUGGCGCCCACAAUGCUAUUAGACCCUAUUGAGCCACGAGCUGAAAGCCUCGCAUCUCCCUGGCAGCCCUCUGUCACCGCCACGGCGUCUCUGUACUGGCUAGACGGGCAUCGAAACGGCAGCAUGGCGGUCAGUGGCUUCGACAUGAUCCUCGAGUUCCACCCGCAGGCUCUACCACACUCCAGAUUCGACAUCCGUCCCAUGUCAGGCCGUAGGGCUAAGUUCCCCGAUACCUGUAGAAUGUGCUCCUCCGUCCGUGUCGAUGGAUGGCAGCGCUAG